AUGGUUGAGCAUGGUAUGGCAGCUGAUUUGAUCACGUACAGCUCUUUAAUCCAUGCACUCUGCCAAGCUGGACGAUGGACUGAAGCCAACAGAAUGCUUCAUCUACUGACAGAGGAUGGUAUUUCGCCUGAUGUCGUCACUUUCAGCAUCUUGAUAGACGGUCUGUGCAAAACUGGCAAAGUAAUUGAAGCAGGUGCAGUACAGAAAGGCGUGGAACCUAAUGCAUACACCUACAGCAUCCUCAUAAAUGGUUUAUCUUUGGCGGGUAGGCUGGAUGAUGCAGCGAAGAUUUUCCAUCUAAUUGAAGAUAAGGGCAUGAAUCAUGAUGUUGUCGCCUACGAAAUAAUGAUUAAUGGCACAGAGCUGUCUACUUACCAGGUCGUGCUGGAUUGUCUCUGUAAAACUGGACACAUCGACCAGGCAAUGGAUCUGUAUCGGUCCCUCAACAAUGCUGGAUUUGAACCGUCGGUCGAGGUGUUCAACAUUCUGAUCGAUGGGUUUUGUAGAGCCGGUAAAAUCAAGGCAGUAGCUUGUUCGAGAGCAUGUCAGAGAAGGGCUUGGUUCCCAAUGUUGUAA